AUGAUCCAACCGAGAGACAUGCCCCUGUGCAUCGUUUGCGGAAAGAAGCCGUGCGGUGGCGAGGUGGAGCUGAAGGAUCCAUAUGAUGCGUGGUACCAGGAAGACCUCUCAUGGGGAAGGGACUGUUGGCCCUGCUGGUGCUUGUGCAUGGGUAUGCACUAUCAUCCCGGCUGCGAGUGUGACGAAUACUUUAGGCACGUGAGGUACGAAGUGAAGAUGUUAUUCUGUCGCAUGAAGUGCCUGGGGCGGGAUCAUGGUAAUGGCUUGCGCAACUGCAUCGGACUCAGCACUUGCUGUUGCUGCUGGAGCCACUAUCACUGUCCACGCCCUGAGAGUGCUCCAUUCUGCGUUUGCUUCAACCUAGGAGCGGAAUCCGGGUCAAAAGUCCAAUCUAUCCCGUAG